AUGGCUUGGACAGAUGCAGAUUAUAAAUUUGUUUACAUAGAUGUUGGUUCUUAUGGAACAGCUAGUGAUUCAGAAAUAUUUAAAACAUCUCAAAUGGGAAAACGGCUUUCUGACAACCAGCUUAAUAUUCCCCCCGGGAGGCAUUUGCCAAAUGAUGACGACGGAAAUGUCAUUCCAUUCUCUGUAGUUGGUGAUGAAGCGUUUGGACUUGGAAAUCAUAUUUUAAGACCUUAUGCAAAAAGAAAUUUAAACUACACCAAGCGAAUUUUUAACUAUAGACAUACAAGAGCUCGUCGUGUGGUUGAGUGUUCAUUUGGGAUUCUCGCAAACAAAUGGCGUAUAUUUCACCGCCCAAUUGAUGUGAAUAUCGAUUUUUGUGUUCGAAUUAUAAAAGCCUGCUGUGUUCUUCAUAAUUAUGUACGUAUCAAAGAUGGAGUAAAAUUUACAGAUACUCUCUACAAUUGUCCCAUGGAUAACUUAACGAUAAUUAAUGAAAACAACCGUGGGAGAAAUAAUAUGGACAGUGUGCGACAGUACAUGUCUUCAUAUUUUAUUUCUCCAGAAGGCGCCAUUUCAUGUCAAUAUGACAAAGUGUAA